AUGGCGAGGCUCGCGCCAUUGUCGCUGCUGCUGUUCUCCCUUGUCAUCAUCACCUCAUCUGACGAGGUGCUUUCUUCGUCGGAGGUUGACGGCGGCGGGCCGGCAGCGGACGCCGUGGUGUGCGACACCAUCUUCGACAUCUGCGUGGGGUCGUGCUGGAAGUCAGGCAAGUGCAUGCGCUGCUGCAAGCACCAUGGCUUCGUCCACGGCAAGUGCAGCCUCAAGGACGGCGACGGCUGCUACUGCUGCCACACUCCCGACCAGAAAUGA